UAUAAAAGCAGCCGCCAUUGACAGUUCUCCAGGUCGUGAAAGAGCAGGUCGGGAUUUGUAUGCACACCCGAGUGCAUAUCGUCGUCGACAACGUUACGACGUAGAAAAGAAGAAAAGAGAGAAAAAGGGAAGAACUGCUCAUUAGCCUGUUUAUCCUGAAGGGUGUUACGUGGAUGAGAGAUUAAAUUAAUCAGCACAAUGGCAUUGCCACGAUGGAUCCUGCCGCUGCUGAUCCUGGGAACCGGCGCGAUCACGCUGGUUCCCGCGGCUCGGCAAUUCCAUGAUGAGCUCCUCAGGAACAAUCUGCGGAAGCAGAAAAGAUCCCUGGACGAGGCGGAUUCGCCAGAGUAUUACAACGACCUGCACUCAUUUAAGUACCAUGACGGCAACAACAUUCGGAAGUUCGACCGCUAUUACGACGGGGACACUGAGGAAAUCGAGUUCCUACCUGACAAUGGUCAGUUGGAAACAGUGGGGGAGGGUCUCCAGGGCAUGAACAACAAGCUACUCGAAAGAGCACUGCUCGAUUAUCUAGAGACUCUACCUGAGCAGGAAGAACCGGUGGCCUCGAUUUUCCGCGAGCGCGAGCGAAGCGGUAGCCGUAAACGGGGUGGCGCCGGCGAACGGAUGAACCUGGACGACAAGGAUCCGACAAAGCUAUUCGUGGAGGAACUGCAGGACGGUUCUCCGUACGGUGCGCUCGUGGAAGUGGAUGACGACGAUUAUCUAACCGCUUUACAAUCGCUUUAUGACAGAUACAGAGCUGGUAGAGGGAACAAAGUAUACGAAACGACAGGACCAAUGUCUUGGGGCGAGCUGCUUAGCAAAGGCCCGUUGCUGAGAAGCCAGACGAAGGACGGCAACGACGACGAAUUUGUGGAUCGCGAUCAGGAUCAGGACAUACUGUACUUGCCGGCGGAACGUAGAAACGUAAAUGGUCCUCCAUUUCCCCGUUUCGGUCAUGAAUUCGGCAGUUAUCGCAAACUGACCAAACGCUAUCCGGUCGCUAAGAGAAGCCCCAAGCCGACUCAAACCAGAUUAAAAUCCACGGAUCCCAAGGUUGCUCAAGACCUGGGAGCUCUAUUCGGCACGCAAUUCACGGACUCGCACAAUCACACUCAUAAAUCCGAUCACGAUCACGACCACGAUCACGAACGCAAGCAGGAAUUUAACCAGAGUCACGAUCACGAAUAUAAGCACGAACCCAAUCAGAAUCACGAUCACGAACACGAACACGGUAGCCACGAAGGCAAGUCAGAAGCGCCGUUGAAAAUGAUGCCGGCUCCGAAGGGUCAAAAGGAAAACGUUACGAAGACGGCCAAAUCGAAAUUCGUUCAGGUGAGGAAGAAGAGUGUCGACUGGUCGCAAUAUUUCGGCAUCGAUCGAAGAAAGAAGAAGGCCACCUUCACGGCCGGACAGGGCACGCAGAAUCAGGACGACGAGUGGAUGCUGCAACGCUACUAUGAGAAUAUGGCUGAAAAUUUGAAGUCAAAGGACGACGAGAAUGAGCGGAAGGAUAAACUUGAGCAGAUGGACUCUAAAUUGAAAUAUAUUAAGGAUCUAAUUAUUGAAGAAGCUAUGAGGUACGCCGCUUCGGAAGAUGAAGCAGAUUUGCAAAAGGUGAAGGAUAAGUUAAUGUCGCGAAUGGCAGCGGCUUAUUCGUUGCAAAAGAUGCGAAAAGCACUGAGCGAGCUUCGAAAUAAUGUCGCAGUUCAAAAGGAGGCACAGAGGAUGCAGAAAGAGGCGCACAGUAAUUUUACGUCUAAUUUUCGGGAAAAUAGCAACAGCAACACUAAUCCAAAUACUAACAGCGGCACCGACAGUAAAACCAAUGAGAAACGAAACAAUAUCAACAACAAUUUAGAGGAAAGCGAGUUCAUCGAGGAACCUAGAAGUUGCCCGGAAUUAGAAGCUAUCGAGUGGCGAUGCCGAACCGUAGAUAAUUUGGCCGGCGACACGUCUCGGAUGCUCUACGUGCCCUGUGUGAAACUGCAGAUCUGCAAAGCUUGCACGCAGGACGAGGAGGGGCUAUUACCCUGUCUCGCCAAUUUCGCCCUGGAGGCCGGCAAGGUGUGCGACGCGUUGGAGUCCAGAGACGAGCAGCCGCGGAUGACGGCGAUGCACGAAGGCGAGAGGCAAUCGUGCGCAAACACUGCGUUGCUGUUGUCACAGCUACAUCCGCCCGGAGCGGCGACUACGCAGUGUCGCGAGCGGAAUGUCCGUGACUCGUGUUUGCGGCGAUAUCACGCACGAUACGAACACCGAUACUUCCGCACGUCGCCGGCGUACGAGGGCACCGGGCAUCGCUCCCAUCAUGAAGGCGCUCUCGACGCGUUGCAGCAAACCAUGUACGAACGCUAAGGAUCAGUCGAGCGAGAGGAAGCCACCCCGGUUCGGCCGCGCGAUACGGUGAACCGCCAGUUGUCCGGAUUAACCGGGUAUCACCUAAGUACUGAGUCCCUCUGAUGAUCCGAUUGAAUGUGAACAGAUUUUUAAUUUAUGUCGAAGCUCUGUUGUUGUUGCUUACAUUUGUUAUUUUGUUCAAUCACUUUUGGCCUACGUUUCUUUUCUACUUAGAAGCUUUGUCCGGAUAAUCGGCGGUUUACUAUUAUUAACCUUACCCUUUGAGGACCGGAGCUUUCUGAUAAAAUAACUUAUGGAAAAUUUUGUUUUCUAAGUGUUUUUGGAGUCACUGAAUUCGAUUCUGACUUCAGAAUUAUAAAAUUCAAAUUCCAAAAAAUAGUCCGAUUAUCGUGAAAUUCGGUUUUAGAAGAAUUAAGUACCUUUGAGUUUGAAUAUAGCCUGAAAAUAUCGAAAAAAAAUAAUAGUCUCCGUAAAUGAAGAUCUAAUAUCAUAAGGUUCUCAUAAUCAAAAUUUGAAAGUCAGUUUAGAAAUCAGUAUUGUUUGUGUAGCACUGAUAAGCUUGAAAUAAAGCAAAAUUGAAAACUUGAUCUUAUACUUCACACUUAAAAACUCCUUAAGAGUUUUAUGACGAUCAAAUUAUUUUUUUAAGUUCCGCUAUAUUAAAUCCACCAUUUUUUUGGAAUUUUUUAUUUUUGACGUCAGAUUCGAAUAAAACAAAUUAUUUCAUAACUUCAUAAGUUAAGCUUCAUAAAGAUCGAGAGCAAGCAGUUUAUAAAAUAAAAAGAGGUGACUUCAAAUGGGAUCGCCGGUCCACAAAGAGUUAAAGAAUCUUCCGUCGUAAUGAAGCAUGAAUCAAGAUUAAUCCUCACAAAGUAUCAUACAAUCCAUACAGCAUAGAUUUCCAAGGAAUGUACAGGAUCAUAAAAUUAUCUGAUAUCCAAAAAGAAUGACACUGGAUGUCCUAUAACUGGUAUCGAAUAUCUGUAUAAUACAAUUCCCAAAAAUUCUAAAAAGAAAGGAAAGCAAGGAAAAAAAUGAUUAAACUUCUUGCAUCUUUCUCUUUUUUCUUUUCACAUUGGGAAGACAUUUGGAAAGAAAAUUAAUAUUUUUCUUUUGCUUUCCUCUUUCUUUAGAAUUUGCAUCAAAUAUCCGGAAAAAUAUCCGGUUAUCUGGCCGGGUAAAUACAGAUAUCCGAUGUCACGUUCUUUUCGGAUGCCUCAUAUCCGGUAAUUUUAUGGUGCAUCCCUUGUUUUAUUCAUGAAGAUUCGUAUGGUACGUUGAGGAUUAAGCGAUGUACGAAGAGUCAUUCUCGAAUCGAAUUAAAAUGGAUCAGAAUGAUCGACAGAGACGUAUUAAUUUUCUCAGAAUGGAAAAAGUAGUACGCAGAAAAAACAAUAAUUUUGCAAAUGUACUAGGAAAAAAGACAGUAGUAACUAUAAAGAUGACAGAUAUAAGUUUUAUGUGUAGAAUUAAUGUACAUGAUAAUUAAACUAUUUUAUAAUUAUUGCAGCUAUUAAUAGUUUAUUUAAUUAUGUACAUGUCAGUAUAUUCAACUAUAUACACUGAUUCUAUUUAUUUAACUUAUUUGUGCAAUUGUCACAGUUGCUAUUAUGUUUCUUUUCUGAAUGGAGUUUCCGUUUCUUUUCGAUUCGAGAUUUCAAAAAUACGGUGGUAUGUGAAACAGCAUUUUUUGCAUAUGAUGCGUAUAAAUUCCUCGUCAGAGCGAGAUUUCAAAAUCCUGAAUUAAAAAAAAAAUUAUAAAAAAUUAUAAGAAAAAGAAGAUGAUGUGUAAUUAGCAAAUUGAUGCAUUUUAUUUGUUAAAAAAAACAAGCUUAUGAAGGAUUAAAAGGAGAGAAUAGAUAUGUCUAUAAUUAAGGGAAUAAGAUGUUUUAUCUAUUUGCGAGGUGUGCUAUCCCAAGCUGAACAAUAAGUCAUCAUGACAUCAAAAUGAUGUCAAAACGAUCAUUAAAAAAAUCAUUUUUCAAUCAUUUACGAUUUAUUUUAAUAUUAUUUUAACAUUAUCGUGACUUAUCGUUGUGCUUGGGAUUCGUCUGGACGACUUUCUGAAAAUACGUCCACUUUUUCUCUCCUACAUUGAACUGAACAACGAUUAACGAGUUAUAAAGACAAUAAUAAUGACAUCCCUGACAGAGAUUUUAUUCGCACGACGACUGAUCGUAACGAAAAUCGAACUUCGCGAACGUUCGCCACAGAAAAGGAUCGCAAAAUUUCAUCGAACGAGAGUUUGGACGAACGCCUCGCAAAUGAAAGUUGAAAGGACAGGAUCCGAUGACCGUAAAAAAAAUAUAUGUGUAAACUAUUGUGUUAAGUAUCCCAAAAAGAAAAAAAAGAUAUCGUAACAAGAGCAUAUGUCUCCCUUUAGCGUAUUAAUUCUCCGUGUUCGCGCCAAUCAGAAUUACAUUAGCGCGAUUAUUCGCGUUUAAUUUCUCGCAGACAGUAGUUACACGCGGAAUCGCCAACGCGUUUUUCAACGCCGGGAGACGUGACGAAAGAAAGAAGAAUAUAAAGAUAGAGAAAAAAGAAAGGAUACUUGACGCGGCUUCCAAAGAGUCUAUCUUCGUAAAUCUAUAUCUAUUAUUACUGUCUACUAUAUCAAAUAUUUACGUUACACGGCGUUAUACGCAUAUCGAUGUGUCAGUCGAUGUGUCAGUAUAUUCGAAAUAUAAUAAAUACAUUUCAACAUAAA